AUGGGGAAAGGGUGUAAAACUUCCAUGCUCUCUCCAAACACCGCUGUGUCCCCAGAUCUUCACGUCUUCACCAACCUGGAAGCUCUCCAAACCCUGCCAUCAUGGGUUUUUAAAGAGGCUUCAUUACAUGGAAGCAGUGCGAGGAAGACAACGACCAUCCCCUCCCUGGACUUACAAAGCCACCUGCCAACCACUGCUGCCACUAGGCCCAAGAGAAAGGCAAAAGGAGAUGCUAAAGGUGACAAAGUGAAGGUGAAGGAUGAGCUACAGAGUAGAUCAGCACAGUUGUCUGCUAACCCCGGUUCUCCAAAACCAGAACCCAGGCCUAAAAAGGCCAUUGUAAAGAAAGGAGAGAGGCUAUCCAAAGGGAGAAAGGGGAAAGCAGAUGGUGGCAAGGAUGGGGGAAAUUCUGCAAAGAGCCUAGAUGUUUCCACAGUCCAGUCACAGAAAGCAGAAAACACCGGGAAUACCAAGUGA